CUCUAAUGCAAAACGCGUUUUUUUUCUGCCGGUGCGGCUUUGUUGCUAAUAUUGGCCAAAAUAGGUAAAUUUAGGCAAAUCCGUGUUCUCUGAGAGCCACAAAAUGCAUAUACCGGAGACCGACGUCACCCCGGAUCGGGAUGUGAACACCUGCCGGCUGUGCCACCGAGAAACGGAUGCCAAUUCGCCCAAUAUUUUCGAGAGCUCGGUGGCGUGCUGCAAGGAUGUGUCCAUCGCGGAGGUUUCCCAGGCUCUGUGGAGUGUUCAGUAUGAUCGCCAUGAGUUGCUGUCCGAGCUCAUUUGCCCGGAGUGUCUGGAGAUCCUGGAGGAUGCCUUCGAGCAGCGGCGGGGAAUGCAGGAGCGGGAGCAGUCGCUGCAGGAGCAGCUAAAGGACCUGAUCAGGGAGGAUGCCAAGUACCGGCCCGGCUUGAAUGGCAAUCCAGGAGAAUUUAUGCCCGAGGAGGGAUGCAUCAUCGUGGACGUUGACCCGGAAAAGCUGGCGGAGUCCAGUGAGGAUGAGUUUGCCCUGGGCUCAGACGGAGAGUAUGAAAACUACGAGGACGACGACGAGGACGAGGAGGAAGACUAUGAUGAGGAGGACGAGGAAGAGGGCCAGAAUGGCGAGGAUGUGGAAAUGCCGCUGGGCAUGGAUGCGGCCCAGAUGGCGGCACAAAAGGCCGUUGCCGCGGAUGUGAACUCCGCGACGGUACGACCCAAGCGCGCUUUCCUCUGCCAGUACUGCGAUCUGGGCUUCACCCUGCCUUCCGACUGUCAGGAGCACGAGCGAAGCGCCCACGAUCCUACUGCACCUUUCGCCUGCGCCUACUGCAACCUCAGAAUGGUCACACGGCCCGCUUUGAUUUCGCACAUCAAGACGCUUCACGAUCCGGAUCGUCCAUACGUCUGCGCUCACUGCAGGAAAGGAUUUGUGCGACGCUCUGAUCUGAAGAAGCACACAAUUGUACACACGGGCGUGCGACCCUACACCUGCAACGUGUGCUCCAAGAGCUUCUCGCGGAACACCAAUCUGACCAAGCACAUGCGCAUCCACAGCGGCGUCAAGCCGUUCGUUUGCCAGCAGUGCCCGCGUUCUUUCCAGACGGCAGUGGAAAUGAUGAGGCACUCGCGAUCCCACGGCGAAGUGAAGGCUUUUCAAUGUGGCCGCUGCCCCUACUCGUUCUCACGCAAGGAUAAAUUGAUGGCCCACCAGCAAGUUCACACCAGGCGAGAUGUGGAGCAGCAGCAGCAGCAAAUGGGACUACUUCCUCCGCUGGAGGGCGAUCUAGCGCAUCUCCAGCAGCAGCAGCAGCAGCAGGCGUUCCAGGCGAAGCAAAAACCUCAGCCACAAUCUAAGAACUCUCGCAAUCACCGAUGCGAUGUUUGCGAUCGCGGUUUCCAGCGGGAGCGCGACCUGCAACGCCAUCGAGCCCUCCACAUGGACUCGCUGUUCGCCUGCAAGACAUGUAACCAAGGUUUCAACCGACGCGAGCAACUGCAUCGCCAUGAACUGGAGGCCCAUGGACCCAGCUUUACGUGUGGCAUCUGCUGCAUCAGCUUCCUCCAUCAAAUAGAGUUGGAGAAUCACCUGAAGGUUCAUCAGUUGCAGCACAAGAUGGCGCAGCGGGCGCAGGAGGCUUCUAUCUUGCCCCUCAAAAUGGCCGAGCAGGCGCCAGUGGCCAUGAUGGCUCCGUUGGUCCAGGAACCACCGCCACCCAUGCGACCCUCGGCCGCUGAACUCUCGUUCUACAGCAACAUGAUUCCCACCAUGAAUCUGGGCUUCUACAGCGAAACAAGACCCGAGGAGUAG